AUGAUUAUUACUGGUGAUGACCAUGGUAGUAUUGAGUCUUUGAAGCAUGAUCUAGCUCAUCAAUUUUCUAUGAAGGAUUUGGCCUUGCUGCGUUAUUUCUUGGGUAUUGAGACUGUUGAUACUUCUCUUGAAACCAAUACACGGUACUCUCCUGCUGAGGGUGUUCCUUUGUCCGAUCCGAAUCUUUAUCGCAUUGUUGUGGGAAGUUUGGUUUAUCUCACAGUUACUCGUGCGGAUAUUUCUCAUGUUGUUCUUAUUACCUUCUUGUUUCCUUUGACGUCUUCUCUUGAGCUGCGUGCCUAUAGUGAUGUUGAUUGGGAUGACGAUUGUCAUGAUCGUAAAUCCACCGCCGGAUUUUGCGUAUUUCUUGGAGAGUCUCUCAUUCCAUGGAAGAGCAAGAAACAGGGUGUUGUCUCUACAUCCUCCACAGAUGUUGAGUAUCGUGUUAUGACUGUGACUACAUGUUAG